UUGGUAAUUCGCGGAAGUGUGAAAGUGAAUUGAAUUGGCGUCGAACGACGAAACUCUUUCAACUGUACUUUGAUUUUCUCACGGUGUCCGAGUUGACUCAUCCUUCUUCUUCCUGGGUUUGUAAAUUCUUCUUCCUGCACCUCCCCACACCCAAUUCCAAUCCCCUCGAUCUGGCUAUGGAUUACGAACCCUACGACAGCAGCGGUACCGAUGAUGAUCUUCCGCCAACCCAUCAAAAUAGAAUUCCCAGGGGAGGACGUGUUUCUGGGAAUGGAAGAUCUGCUGUUGGUUCAACUCCAUACCCCAGGGUGUAUGGUGAAAUUGAUAUGGAAACCCAAAUUCAUCAAUUUGAGCAGGAAGCAUACAGUUCAGUUCUGAGAGCCUUUAAAGCUCAAGCAGAUGCCAUUACUUGGGAGAAAGAAAGUUUGAUUACAGAGCUGAGAAAAGAGCUGAGAUUAUCUAAUGAGGAACACCGAGAACUUCUAGGUCGGGUUAAUGCGGAUGACACAAUACGGAGGAUAAGGGAAUGGAGACAGACAGGUGGCCAUCAGACUGGCAUGCUGAGUACUGGUCAAGCUCUACAUGAUUCAAUUCCCAGUCCGACGGUUUCUGCAUCUCGCAAAAAGCAGAAGAUUACGCCACCCGUACCAUCACGUUCUUUUGGUGGGCCUUCUCCUUCAUUUCACCCCACGGUGACUGCACCCCACCAGCCAUCUUCUUCUGCAAAACGAGGAUCUGGUCCUGGAUCAAAGGGGAAGAAGCAAAAACCUGGUCAAAUAUUACCUGGUGUAUCUUCAGUGAAGCAGUUUCCUCCUUCAGGACCAGGUGGAAGGAAUCAAGUACCUAAUAGAGCUGUCAUGGGUGAACGUGCCGGAGGUGGAUCAUUUGAUGCACCACUGAUCGGUAGAAAAGUGCGGACGAGAUGGCCUGACGACAAUAACUUCUAUGAAGCUGUUAUCUGUGAUUACAAUCCCAAUGAUGGACGGCACAGUUUGGUCUAUGACAUGGGGACUGCAAAUGAAACAUGGGAAUGGGUUAAACUGUCAGAGAUAUCUCCUGAAGAUAUUCAGUUGGUAGAAGAGGAGGAUCCUGAAAGUAAUCAUCGCGGGGGUUUUGGGGGUCCUGGUCAUGGGAUGAAUAGGUCUGUAGGGCGUGAGAGUGGUCCAGGAGUUGGAAGAGGUAGAGGGGUUCCAAAGGGUCAAUCUAGAAAAGAUUUUUUGUCAUCACAAAAUGGCAUAGGAAAGGCUCCCGGUGAUAUUCAGAUACUACACACAGACACACUAAUAAAGGAGGUGGAGAGGGUAUUUAGUGCAAAUCAUCCUGAUCCCCUUGAAAUUGAGAAAGCAAAGAAAGUAUUAAAGGAUCAUGAGCAGGCUCUUGUUGAUGCGCUUGCAAGACUUACUGAUCUCUCUGAUGGUGAAAGUGAUGGGCCUGGCCACCAUUUUCCACAUGGUCGAUCUAUGGAUCGAGAAUGAUGACGAAAUUGUUCCUUUGUACAAUGAGAAGAUAAGGCAUUAUGGUAGCAUAACUCUGGAAAAAAGGGUGUAUUUUUCAAAUAUAAUUAAGACAAAAAGACUAUUUACCCUUUAACAAUUUAUAGCUCUAGCCAUGUUCUUGUGGAUUAGGUAUUAUCUAGGAUGGCAAUUGUUGUAGUUUGGUAAUAAUUAUUUAGUAUCGAGUUUAAAAUUUGACGUAGGACCAGCUGAUACUUGUUUAAAAUUUGACAGUGAUUAAUGUGUGUUAGUGUAUAAAUUCUUGUACUUAAUGUGUCAAAAUUCUUGUAUUAGGGCUGUGCA